UCGCCCAGGAAAGAAGUGGAGAGGACUUUGGAUCAUUCUAAAUGAAUCGCCGAACUGCACAGGGUGCAGUCGAUUUCUCAGGAAGAAAGUUUUCUACAGCAAAGAGUUGGGAACAGGAGCAAGAGAGACUUACUUGACAACCGGGCACAGUAAGAAUGGAAGAGGAAGAGAAACUUUUAAAGGCAUACCAACUCACUGGCAUGAAUACAGUUACUUCACCGGGCCCCAUGGCCAAUUCUGCUUAUGUGGUGCCACCCCACAACAGUUAUCCUGUGGUCCCCGGAACUGUGCCUCAGGGGCCUCUUUAUCCCAGCCAUCAGCCUCAAGUCCACGUGAUUUCUGGUAAUCUGCCUGGUUUGGUGCCAGCCGUGACCGAACUGCCUGCCCAGAGAGUCUUGAAAAAGGGACAAGUCCUAGGGGCCAUCCAAAUCCUGAUUGGCCUGGUGCACAUUGGCCUGGGCUCCAUCAUGAUCACCAACAUCUUCAGCCACUAUGUACCUAUCUCCCUCUAUGGAGGUUUCCCCUUCUGGGGAGGCAUCUGGUUUAUCAUUUCAGGAUCUCUGUCAGUGGCGGCAGAAACUCAGCCCAAUUCACCUUGCCUGCUGAGUGGCAGUGUGGGCUUGAACAUCUUCAGUGCCAUCUGUUCUGCAGUGGGCAUUAUGCUCUUCAUCACAGACAUGUGUGUCGCAGGAGGCUAUUUCUACCCUUCCCAUGAGUACUGGAAUGCGAGAACAUACAUGGCUAUUUCUGGUGUACUGCUCAUCUUCUGCCUGUUGGAGCUCUGCAUUGCAAGUGUGUCCUCCCACUUUGGCUGCCAAGUGGCCUGCUGUCACUACAACAACAAUGCAGGUGUGGUCAUUCCAAAUGUCUAUACAACAAACCCAGUAGUCUUCCCAGAACGACCGAACCCAAUACCAAGUUAUUCUGAUGUAGUUCAAGACUCCAGAUAAAUGAAACUGAAGAUUCUAGAAGAAUCCUUCACUGAGACCAAGUGACAGCCUCUCCUACCUAGACUCCUGUAAGCCAGGUUCUUCCUUUCCUGACAAACAUGGGAAAAUGUCUUUCUUAUGGCCUAAAUUGUGGACUCUUGCUUCAACUCACUCUGGAAAAUUUCUAUUAAAACAAGAUGGGAGAUUGAAAUGGAUUUAAACAAAGGUGCCCUAUCAGGACACAUGCAUCUGUGUGGUGUUAGGCAUCUCUACACCAGCUUUGGUAUAUAGACAUUCAUGUAAUCCCUGCCUACAGGAGUUCUGGGGAUAGAGAAAUAGCUAUUUCAUCAUCCAAACUUUCCUCUGUCAGUCGUUCAGUCACUGAAUAAAUACAUAUUGAGCAUCAGAAA